AUGCAAGUACAUCUCGACAAUUUAUCUGAUUUCGAGGAAUUCGAGCACGAUACCAGUGUAGAUUCAAAAGUCGAUAUGAUGUCCUCAAAAAUCAUGGAAACUCGAUACUACGAGGGAUGUGGACGCGAGGGUCCCAUCCGGUGCAUCUUCUUGGGCGAGUUCCAUCCUGUUGCGGGACCUAAGAUAUCGUGCCAGUUUCCCGAAGACUAUGUCUCUAAGGAGCUGUUUGAUUCGAUAAGUGCUUACAUCAUUCCAAAACCGCAGAUACAGAAAUGCACUAUGACUAUCAAUGCACUCGGUCACAAAAUCAUUGGCUAUCCAAUACGAAUAGAAAACUCGAGGUAUGAACGAAAUAUGUACUUGUUCAAUCUCUGCUUUGUCUGCGAUAGUUGGUCGAAAACAGUUCAAUAUGAACCAGUUGUGAAGAAACUCGGAGAGCAUUUGACAAUCAUGGAGGAAGAGACCCGUUUUGUUUCAAGCGGUUCAAGUAAACUGCCGACCCUGCUCGCACACCUACUGCAUGAUCUGAAUACUUAUAGGAAAGCAACGCUCGUUGAGGGUGAUACCGUAAUGCAUCUCAAAGUCCUAGAAGUUAGAAAGGACCCAACUCCGGUCCAUGAUUUCGAUGUUCCUGUAUUAGUGGCGUCGGUAGGGCUCCCGCGGCCGGGCAGGCCUCCGCGCGUGCCCCCCGGGCCGCAAGAGGAGUCCGAACAGAACCAGGAACAUAUCGAAGUUGAAGAAGAACCUUUUGAAGUGCAUUUAGAUGCAGACUGGGAUCUCACAACGAGACAGCUUCUUCCUCAUAUAAAUGGUUACAACCACAUCUCAAAGAUAGCCUCGGACACCAACGUUGAAAAGACACUCGUCAAGUCCUGUAUACAAAACUUGGUUUAUUAUGGAGUGGUAACUUUGAUACCUGUUCUCAAGUUCAGUAACAUGUACCGAGCCACACCAAACCUCAGCCGGUUAAUGAAUGAUCAGGAUAUGCAGCACUCAUGUCUUAAAUACAUCAAUAAUGACUGUGAUUUGAAGGAUAAGCCGUCAUUGUCUGACGUGGUGGGUGUUCUGUGUUCAUUGCAGCAGGGUACAACGUUGCGUGCCGUCUGUGAUCGUCAUUUCACAUCCCCCGGAGUACCUUUCGAUGUUAGACGACUGAUAGUAUUCGCACAAAUACACGGCCUCGUCAAAUGUCUUAAGAGAUAUCCAGUUUAUAUACGGAACCCAACACGCCAGAAUGGUUACAGAGUCGACUCUAUAAUAGGCAUACGAAGAUUGUUCACUGGGAGGCAUAAUGUGGACGAAAUAUGCUGUCUAGCGCGCAUUGAUCUACCUACCCUCGAUCAAAUAAUAGAAGACGACCCCAACGUAAUAAUUAUAUGGAGAUAA